CAAUCGAGCUUCAGUGCGUGUCCGACACGCUAGUAGAGCGCACGUAUUUGUGAGAACUCGAAUAUCUUCUAAACUAUCGAUAUUUAACACGAAAACAUUUUGAUUUGAAGUCAUCCAAGACUUUACGGUGGACAUUCUGUGAGGUGGUAAAUUUUAUAAUAGCAAAUUAAAGUGUUUAAAAAUGAAGGUAUUGACUGUUGAAGAUAAAGUGACAAGUGUUGGGAUUGAAAAUGAACCUACAGUUGAGGUUGUUUCGCCUAAGCUCACCAAGGAGGAACUGAACAGAGGAUGUCCUCUUGGAGUGUCGCGUGUUACAAACUCUUUGUACGUAUGCGGUGCUCAUGCUUUGCCUGGAGCUGUGAAAGCCUUGCAGCCAGGACUAGUGGUGAAUGCAGCACCUGAGCUACCGCCGCCACCAGAGGACUAUGUGCCAAGAUACUUUGUGCCUCUCUUGGAUACACCCAGCUCUGAUAUGUACCCUUAUAUGGAAUGUGUUGCUGACCUGAUCAAUGAGGUGGUAAACAAAGGGGAGGUGGUACUAGUACAUUGUGUGGCGGGUGUAUCGAGAUCUGUAACCCUCUGUUUGGCAUACCUGGUGAAAUGGCAGAGAAUGACGUUGUGUGAUGCCUACCAUCAUAUUAAACAAAGACGACCCCAGAUACGACCAAACACGGGUUUUUUCAAACAGUUGAUCAAAUACGAAGAGCGACUGUUCAGCGAAGCUUCUGUCAAGAUGGUCUACUGUGAGGCUAUAGAUAAAGAAAUCCCAGACGUUUACGAACCGGACUACAGUGGCAUGACCUGGUUCAGGCAGCGGUAUGGACCUAUAGAAAAUAGCUGAAUGAAUGUGUCUGGUUUAUGUACAAUCGAGGAAUUUAGCAGUCCGCCAUCUUGAGGAAACAACUAAGUGUUUUUCUCGUUCAAGAAACUUACAAUACAUGUAUUCCGCUUGUAUUAUUUAUAUAGAGACAUAUUAUAAUAAUAUUUGAACGAGUUCUUUUA